AUGGACUACAUAGAUUCUCCGGCUCAAAGUAGAGCCACCAUUUUGUUAAUGGGAUUACGAAGAUCCGGAAAGUCAUCCAUCUGCAAAGUUGUUUUCCACAACGUGCGACCUUUGGAUACCCUUUACUUAGAAAGCACAACUAAACCAACUACGGAGAGUUUCAAAUCUUUGAUAGAUUUGGCUGUAGUGGAACUUCCAGGUCAGUUAAACCUCUUCGAGCCAUCUCUAUACGACUCGGAAAAGUUGUUCUCCUCGAUUGGAGCUCUCGUUUAUGUCAUCGACUCACAGGAUGAAUAUUUAAGUGCCCUUCAGAACUUAGCGGUUAUAAUUAAGUAUGCUGUCAGUAUAAAUCCCAGAAUUCAUAUCGAAGUCCUCAUACAUAAGAUAGAUGGACUAUCGGAAGAUUUCCGUUUGGACACUCAGCGUGAUAUCAUGCAAAGAGUGGGAGACGAUCUUUUGGAUUAUGGCUUGGAAGGUGUGCAGAUUUCAUUCUAUUUAACCUCGAUCUUUGAUCAUUCUAUCUAUGAGGCUUUUUCCAGAAUCGUCCAGAAGUUAAUCUACGAGUUGCCAGCGUUGGAGAACAUGCUUGACUUGUUGAUGCAGUAUAGUAAUUUCGACAAGGUGUUCUUAUUCGACAUAAAUUCCAAGAUCUAUGUUGCUACUGACUCUUCUCCUGUUGAUAUUCAAACUUACGAAGUUUGUGCAGAGUUUAUUGAUGUGACCAUCGAUUUGGAUGGCUUAUAUCAGAUUUCACAUAAACAAAAAUCCAACCAGAUAAUGGCUUCCGAGACUAGUGGCUCCAAUACUAAUAUGGAUUUGUUCUCUGCAACCGAGCCUACAAAGUGUAUUUCUAAGUUACAAAACGGUGUCACUUUGUAUCUCCAUCAGAUGAUUCGUGGGUUGGCAUUGGUAGGUGUUAACAGACUCGAGGACGGAGACGAUGCAACGUCUAUAUCCGUAAUUGAUCACAAUGUAGCCAUCUUUAAGAAAAGUUUAGAAAAAAUGUGGGAGAGAUCCAAACUGAGUUAA